AUGGGCGACUUCGUGCCCCGUUUCGAGCAGCGGGAAAGCGAUCACCGCAGCUUCGGCCCGUCCCAGCUGCCGACGAGCGGUGCCGUACCGGUCAAGAAUGCGCAGGGCAAGGUGGUCAUGCAAAAAGUGAAAGUGCAGAGAUAUGUGGCCGGCAAAAUGCCAGUCUACGCGAAUGAGGACGAAUCGAGUGAUGAGGAGGAGAAGCAGCGUCGUCGUGAAGCACGUCGGGCUGAGCGUGACCGUGAAAGGGAGAGGGAGGACCGGCAUCGGGACGAUAGAGAUCGACAUCGUCAUCGAGAUGAUGAUCGAGGGAGAAGGGAUGAUCGACGGCGAAGUGAAGACAGAGAUAUCGUCGAGCCAGAAAUCUUGCGGGAAGAACCAGAAAAGGAAGAGCAAGAAGAUCAAGAAGAAAUCGAGGAGCGGCGUCAACGCGCUCGCAUGCGUCGUCUUGAACUUCAACAGGAGAAGAGUGAUGAUGAAGAGAGGGAUGAUGCCGAGGACAACGAGGAGGAGUUUGAGCGUAGACGUCGUUUGCUGCGAGAGCGAGCCCGCAUGCGUGAGGAAGAAGAAAUGAGGAUAAAGAAGGAAGUGAAGGAAGAAGUCGUCAGUGAACAGGAAGAAGAUGAGGAGACUAGUGAGGAAGAAUCCUCGGAUGAAGAGGAAGACCGUGUCACUCUUAUGAAACCGGUCUUUGUGCGAAAGAAGGACCGAAUCACGCUCACCGAUGCUGAAAAUGAAAAGCGCAAGCUCGAGCAGCAACAGAAAGAGGAAGAACGCCAAAAGGAGGAACGACGGCUCGAGAGUAUCCGGAUAGCCCAACAAAUCCGACGUGAAGAAGACGAGAUGGACAAACGCAAAAAAGAAGACAACAUCGAUUUGCAGUCCGUGCUGACCGAUGACGAGAGCGAGGAAUUGGCGUACGAGGCCUGGAAGCUGCGCGAGAUGAAGCGGCUGAAGAGGGAUCGUGAGGAGCGUGAGAUUGCUGCUCGCGAGAAGGCUGAAAUCGAGAAGAUUCACAGUAUGACCGAGGAGGAGCGGAAAGCCUGGAUCCGAGCCAACCCCAAGAUCAUCACAAAUAAGCAAGACAAGGGGAAAUACAAGUUCCUGCAAAAGUACUUCCACAGGGGAGUGUUCUUUUUGGACGAGGAAGAGGACGUCAAGAAACAGGACUUUGCCGCGCCGACAUUGGAGGAUCAAUUCGACAAGACGGUACUUCCGAAGGUUAUGCAGGUCAAAAACUUUGGAAAAGCCUCCCGCACCAAGUGGACCCAUCUUACCGCCGAGGACACAACCGACCAUCAAGGCGCCUGGAACACGCCGACCGCCCAGAACACGGCGUUCUUCAACAAGAAAGCCGGCGGCACCCGCGCCGUCUUCGACCGACCCGGCGCCAAGAAGCGCAAGACCGAA